UUGUGGUUUUUGCGUGUUUCUUUCUUCUGUGACUGUGUUGAGUCAGUGAAGUGAGUGAGAGAGAGAGAGAGAAGAAGGAAGCGAGAGAGCAAAAACCUCUGAAACAAUGGGGAAUCUGUGGGCUACGCUUGUGUUUUUCUUGAUGGGAAGCUUGAUCGACUCAGCUGAUGGUUCGAUUCACGAGUACAACAACCAGAGCUUCACCAAAAUCGCCAACGCUCGCUACUACGUGGCUGGUUCCGAAGGGAUAUACGGUUCUGAGUUUCUGGAUACACCUCAGGCUCAGCUCAAGGGGAACUCGUUCAUCAGGUUUGAUGAUAUCACUUUUGUAAGAAGCAAGGAAUCUGCUAGCAAGCAGAAUUCUACCCUGGCAACUGCGGGAUUGGUUGAAGCGAUAGUGUUUGAGGCCAAGCAGCAAGAUCGAGUUGGUGGUUCUUUUUUCAAAACUGAGGACAUGUGCUGUACGCCAAAACUUGCAGAUGCUGGUUCCUGCAAUCUUGGGGAAGUUAUGAUUAGUGCAGAUCCUAAUGAUCCUGAGUGGCCUAAGCGGAUUCCCACUUUUUUCAAAAGAGGUGAGGAAGAAGUAAUGAUGUCUCCGGAAGCUGUGACCAUUAAGAAGACUGGAUGGUACACUGUUUACUUCAUGACAUGUGAUCCCGAACUGGAUGGCACCACAGUCAGAGGUAGAACUGUUUGGAAGAACAGAGGUGGCUAUUUACAGGGAGAGAAGGCUCCAUUGAUGAAGUUCUACGCCUCCAUGCUAUUGGCUUAUGUGGUCCUUGGCCUAGUUUGGUUUCCAAAAGUUGCUCAGUACUGGAAGGAUGGAAUUCAGUUGCACAGUCAGAUUAGCUUGGUAAUUGCAUUUUCCAUGGGUGAAUUGGCCUUUCGGUACUUUGAAUUUGCCUAUCUCGACUCAGCUGGUACGAGUCCUAUGGAGGUUACUGUAUGGGCAAUAACCCUUUCUUCAGUGAGGAAGGCACUGUCUCGACUUCUACUGUUGGUCAUAUCUUCAGGGUAUGGGAUAGUGACCCUUGGUGGCAUAACAUUGAGGAUGCUUCUUAUUGGCGUCUUAUGCUUUGUUAUAAGUGAAUCUCUUGGUUUGGCUACAGAAUAUGGGAACAUCUCCGAAAAUGGGAUGAAUUUCCUAAUGCUCUCUUGGGCUAUACUGGAAAUUUGCUUUCUCAAGUGGAUUUUCAGGUCAUUGUGGAAGACUCUUAAGAAGCUUAAGCUUAACAAGAACAUUGCUAAACUGCAACUCUACAAGAAGUUUGCAGCUGUGCUUGUGAUCAUGGUUGUUCUAAACUUGUUCUGGAUCUAUGUGGAGUUGUAUAUCUAUGACUCAAUAAGGGACUUAUGGCAAUCGAAGUGGAUUAUUCCAGUGUUCUGGUAUCUACUUUCUUACCUACUGUUGGUCUGAUAAGAAUGAAACUAUGAAACUCUCCUUCUUAUCCUCCGAUACACUGUUUUACAAGACUAGAGCCACCGGCACAUCACCGAUUCAUCAACUCUAUCUCCCAAGCAACACAUAUAUCACUUCUACAAUUCACAAACAAUGCAUAAAAGAACUACAAUGACUGUUCUCUGUUUAUCUACCAAUGUCUUCGGUCCUUUGCAUGUGCUUCUCAUGUGCUUAUCAAUACUCCCCCCCUUUGAAAACAGCUUGUGGAAAAAAAAGAAACCUAAUGAACUGUGUGUAGUAUCAUCAUAUCGCCCUUUCCCAGCUCUUUCUCCACAGCUUCUUGCUAAAAGAUGUCAAAAUAUGUUGUCUUGCAAGGUUUUACUAUAGGCAGAUGUUUCCCUGUUCAAAACGUUUCGCUAGUUUGUAUUUUGAACUUAAAACCACCAUUUCUUGCAAAAUUUUCUCCUCCAUAAUCCUGAACGGCCCUUUGAAUCUGCUCCAAUGCUCUUUGAAUGAUAGAAUCAUGCUUGAUCAUCAUGUAGACGGGCUGCUGCGGAUUUGUUGGGGUGAUUGACAGAGUCAACAACAUAGAUGCAAAAGUUGCAGGUUGAAUGACUUGCCCAAUCUGAGACCACCACACAUCAAUCUGUUGUUCGAUUUGGAACUUGUAAACAAUGACGAGUCCAUGCUCUUUGUUCUGUCCCUUGUCUCUCCAACGAUGCCACAAAGAAAAAUACCCUCUCUUGUCAACAGUUGCAGCAGAGCAGGUGCCAUAUGUAACAUCACUUCCACGUGAAUUCUUCUCAAUUAUCAAGACUGCUUGUAGUUCCUUAGAUUUCCAUUUGUGCUUUACAUCGGUCUCACCAAAAAUAAGCUGUGCUAAUAUACUUAGAUUCACUUUGGCAAA